AUGGUCACUCGAGAUGGCAGACCAAUGUCAUUAGAAUAGGUCUAUUUGAGAGGCAGUUAGAUUAGAUUUGUUGUGAUUCCAGAUGUGUUUAAAUAUGCGCCUAUGUUUAAGAAGAUCAGAGCCAAUGCCAAGAGCAAGAACAUGCAAUAAAUAAGAGAAAAGGCCAGAUAAGUGAGAGAGGAGUUGGUGCCUCGUAUCAAGUAGGGUUUGGAGUAGUAGAAGAAAUGAUAAAUAAAUAUCAAUUGUAAUUUUAAGUUUAAAUAAUAAAUU